CUAACAGAACGAAACGGGGAGGGACCUACCUGAAGGUGUCCAAUAGAAACAACUGUUUGAACUAAUAAUCAUGCCUACUGCGGUCGGUGAGUCCUGACAUCACCGAGACAUUGAUAUGGCAAUACUACUCUUGGAAACAUUCUAGUCUGUUUCGGACGGACAGCAUAAGCAACAUCAUGUCGUUUAGCUGGUCAGCAAAAGACCACAAGAGUUAUACAAAUCCACCCUCCAACCCAACCCAAGGGCUGAAGCGGCCACGGAACGAAACAGGGAACAAAGUGAUAGUAGUGCUCGGUGCGCAAUGGGGAGAUGAAGGCAAAGGAAAAGUCGUCGAUUUAUUGGCGACUGAGUCUGACCUUGUUUGCAGAUGUCAGGGCGGUAACAAUGCAGGCCACACAGUGGUAGUGGAAGGCAAAGAGUAUGACUUCCACCUUCUCCCCAGUGGAAUUAUCAACCCCAAAAGUAUAUGUGUCAUUGGUAAUGGCGUAGUCAUACACCUACCAGGUUUGUUUGAGGAGGCGGAGAACAAUGAGAAGAAAGGUCUCAAAGGCUGGGAGAAGAGACUAAUAGUCUCUGACAGAGCUCACCUUGUGUUUGAUUUCCAUCAGGUUGUGGAUGGGAUUCAGGAGACCCAGAGACAAGCAACAGAGGGAAAGAUAAUUGGAACAACCAAGAAAGGCAUUGGACCCACCUAUGCCAGCAAGGCAUCUCGCACAGGACUGCGUGUCUGUGACCUGCUGGGAGACUUCAAGGAGUUCUCUACCAAAUUCAAGAACCUUGUCGAACAGUACCAGUCCAUGUACUCAUCCCUGACAGUUGAUACUGAAAGUCAGCUGAAAAAACUGAAGGAGUAUGGAGAGAGGUUGCGGCCGAUGGUUCGGGAUGGAGUCUAUUACAUGUACGAGGCUCUUCAUGGACCCCCAAAGAAAAUUCUGGUGGAAGGGGCCAACGCUGCCCUCCUCGACAUUGACUUUGGCACAUAUCCUUUUGUGACCUCAUCAAACUGCACCGUUGGUGGGGCAUGCACUGGUCUUGGCAUCCCUCCCCUGAAUAUUGGUGAAGUGUAUGGUGUAUCAAAGGCCUACACCACCAGGGUGGGAAUUGGUGCCUUCCCCACAGAACAACUCAAUGUGACAGGUGAGCUGCUGCAGACAAGGGGUCAUGAGGUGGGCGUGACCACAGGCAGGAAACGUCGCUGUGGCUGGCUGGACCUGGUCAUCCUGAGAUACGCUCACAUGAUCAAUGGCUUCACUGCCAUUGCUUUGACAAAACUUGACAUCCUUGAUGUGCUGGAUGAGAUCAAAGUAGGAGUGGCCUACAAAAUCAAUGGCAAAAGAAUUCCCCAUUUCCCAGCUGACAUGGAGCUGUUGCACAAAGUGGAGGUAGAGUAUGAGACCUUCCCCGGCUGGAAGAGUGACACGUCUGCAGCCAGGAAGUGGAAUAAUCUCCCCCAGAAGGCUCAGAACUACAUCCGCUUUGUGGAGAACCACAUUGGAGUACCCAUUAAGUGGGUCGGUGUAGGAAAGUCCAGAGAGUGCAUGAUCCAGAUGUUCUAGAGAGUUUACCUCCUCUCUCCUCAAGAUGGACGCACAAAGAUAUGGCAUGAUGUGACAUAUGUUUGCAACCCCCAAACUGUCAAAUAUUGGGAAGAAAAAAAAACUUAUGCCAACAGAUUUGUGUAGCUUUGAAACAAUGUUGACUGGUAAUGUUGGUAACUUUACAUCUAUCUAUGCAGUACUUCUCAUCAGUAAGUUGCCUUGUGAUGAUGUCGGCCAGAAAGUCCUAUUACUGACCAAGGAGUAAAUCUUACCUUGUGCCACACAACAAACAUGAAAGAUAAAAACACAUCCAAUAACUUUUCCUCCUGUGUAACCUUACCUGCCUUACAUCUACUGUUUCAGUCUUCUUUACUCAUUUAUCACACCAGCAGACUACACAUAUUUUGUAUCAACCAGCUGUUUGUUUGCACAUGUUUAGGAGUGAAACAGUGUAAUAAAUAAUUGUCAUCCUUGUAAAUGCAAGUCAUUUUGUAUUAGGCUAAUAUGGAAUUUGAUUUGUCUUUGCUAGCUACAAUUUCAUAAGCAAGACCUAACAAAGCAUGAGUAAAUGAGAUGCUGCCUCACUGGAAGCUUCAAAAUAAAACGUAUAUGAUAGCUACAUAACUUGGUAUUUUUACAUUUUAUGCAUUGAGGAAUGAUAGUAUGUAACUAGUAGUGAUAUUAAAACGUGAGUUUUCUUAAACAUUGUAACAUUGUAAUGGAAUUUGAUUUGUCUUUGCUAGCUACAAUUUCAUAAGCAAGACCUAACAAAGCAUGAGUAAAUGAGAUGCUGCCUCACUGGAAGCUUCAAAAUAAAACGUAUAUGAUAGCUACA